UCAAUGACGCAGGGAUGGUCGACUAUCGAGAGCGACCCCGCGGUGUUCACGUCGCUUGCAAGAGACUUCGGGAUACGAGGAACCCAGGUGGAGGAGAUUGUGACUAUGGAAGAUGCUGAGUUUUCAAACUUGGCUCCGAUCUAUGGUUUGAUCUUCUUGUUCAAGUGGACGCAAGACAUGGCGUCGACGCAUCGUGCGAGCUCGACUUGCGUUCAAAACCACAACCUCUACUUCGCCAAGCAAGUCAUCCACAACGCCUGCGGCACGCAAGCCCUGCUCAACAUCAUGAUGAACGCGGAGGGCAUUAACCUGGGCAAGGAGCUGACGGAGUUCAAGACCUUCACGGCUGACUUCCCUCCUGACCUCAAGGGCGAGGCGAUGAGCAACAGUGAGAUGAUGAGAAGCUGCCACAACAGCUUCGCCAGACCCGAACCGUUUGAAAUGGAAGAGGACAAGUCAAGGAAAGACGGAGACGCCUAUCACUUCACAGCUUACAUGCCCAUCGGUGGCAAACUCUGGGAGCUGGAUGGUCUGCAAGAGGGACCGAUCUUGUUGGGAGAUUGCACAGAUACUUCUCAGUGGUGGAAACAGGUGCGGCCCAUCCUGCAGGAUAGGAUCGAGAAAUAUUCCUCCAACGAGAUCCGCUUUAAUCUUUUGGCUGUCUGCGCCAACAAGAAGGACAUGUACAUGCAAGAGCUAUGCAAGCUGCAGACGGACUCUCAGCUCAUCAGUGCGGCGCUCCUCUCUCACGGAGAGGAGGUGGAAGACAUGAUGGAGGACGUCGACACGGAGGGCUAUGAUAGCAAGGAGGCGCCAGUCGACGUGACGGACAAGAGUGUCGAGCAGCUGAAGAGCAUGCUGAACCGCUUCAAGUAUCGCGCGUCAGAGCUGCGUCAGCUCCUGGACAUGGAGGAUGAGAAAUUUCAACGAUACGCGAGAGAGAAUGCUCGUCGCCGACAUAACUUCAUUCCUUUUAUCAUGAACUUGCUUCAGGGUCUUGCAGAGAAGCAGAAGCUUGGUCCUCUCAUCGAGUCCGCGGAGCGAAAAGCGGAAGCUCGCAAGGCAGCAGCCAAGAGUUCUUCCAAGUCAUGAGACGUGCGCGUGUGAUGCGACCGUCUUCGUCUUCACCCUCAACGAGCUCGUGCUGCUGCAGUGAGGCAUUUUUGUUGCACUGGCAUCAAAUGAACGCGUCAAUUCGUUG